CCCAUCUCAGUUUACCCAAACCGGCAGGGCAGCGAACCACCGGAGCUCAACUGACAUACCAAAGCCACAGCCUCUCCUGAGUCCCAACUGCUCCACCUCCCUCCUCUAAUCUCUCAAUGGCGACGGCGUCUGCGAGUCGGCCCAGCGGCCAUGUCCUUUUGAGUCCCUUUCCCAACUACCAAUCCGCCUCGCUCACCCGUGUCAAGCUCUCCGCCGGCGGCUCGCCGGUGAAGUUUGUCAGCGUCUCGUCUCCUCCAUCCUCUCCCGUGGGCGGCGCCGCCAAGAUCCGUCGGUCCUGUAUGUGCUCCCCGACGAACCACCCGGGCUCGUUCCGUUGCAGCCUCCACAAGGAGCGCAAGGAGGGCUCCCCCGCCGCCGGCAGCUGCAGCAAGCCCGUCUCCCCGCCUUCGCCGCCGCCCAUCGGCAGCGGCUGCUCUAGGCGCAUGGUAAACGUGCUAGCGCAACGCGUCCCCAUGGGGAGCGGGCACUGGGCACGCAAGGCGCUCGCGCCGUCCCACGCGCUGCAGCAGCUUCAGCAGAGGAAGCGCGCCGACCGGUUUCGAGCCGGGCCCAGCCGGCUCUCCGCCGCAUCCAUGGCCGGAGGCCGCGCAGGCGGCAGCAACCAGUAAAAAAACUAGCGUCGACAUGCCAUAGCAGUACAUACUGUACACAGGAAAGAAACUCCCAGAAUAAUUCCGGUCGCUGUAUAGAAGAUCGGUGGGGAUUAGGCCACAAGGCUGGAGUUUUAAGACGAGACCCAAUUCCAUCCCGGCCUGAUCAAUUAGCUAGCUUAUAGUUGUAUAUAGAGUGGCUGUACAUAAAGUGAGCCUCUUAUUUAACUCCGCUGCACAUAGAGUGAGUUUCUCCUCUCUGCUCCACCUGUACAUAGUGAGUGAGCUCUCCUGUUUCUGGAGUGUGGAUGCAUCUCCCCUGUUUCAGUUUUGGAUAA